AUGGGAUUGGAAUGGUUCCUUCCCAUUGAUCUGAUUUGGAGCACUGGAUGCAUGGAAAUGGAUGCCCACAAUACUCCACCUAUUUCUGCAAACGGGAUGAGUGAUGAAAAUGGAGUUCAUGGAUGGCUUCCUGCCUCUGAUGGGGAUUUAGAAACUGUACUCAAGGUGGAGGAUGUUGAAGUCAUCAACUCUUCUUCUGAGGAUAUACCUGAAAAGUCAAGUGUACAUACUGAAAGCAAUGGUUUGACAGUCUCUAAGUCUGGAAAGUCUGAUGCAGCAGCAUCCACUUUGGUUGCAGCUGAGUCUGAAAGCCUGAUGUAUAUUCUGCUUGCACUGACUUCCAUAUCUUUCAAAGCAUUAGAAGAUGCUAAACCUUGCAGAGUGGGUACUCUUCCAUCCUACAAUUUCAGCUUUAGGUGCAAUGAAAGAGCUGAGAAGAGAAAAGAGUUCUACACUAAGCUUGAGGAAAAGAUUCAUGCAAAGGAAGUAGAAAAGAAUAACUUGCAAGCCAAAACCAAGGAAACUCACGAAGCUGAGAUUAAAAUGUUAAGGAAGAGUUUGAUUUUUAAAGCAACACCAAUGCCAAGCUUCUAUCAGGAGCCUCCACCUCCUAAGCCUGAAUUAAAGAAGGUACAAUUUUCUAUUUCCUGUGGCAUGUGUGUGAGUUCAAAUGCUGAAGUUGAACUUCCGAAAUUCUCAAGAGGAAAACUUCAUACUCUUAUGGAGAUUAAAAGGGAAGAAAAUUGA